UUUGCAAAUAAGGAUGCCCUCAGAGGAAAGGGAGAUACUCUCUGACAGACUGUGACUGGGACAGGAAGGCUGACUGGCGCAUCUCCACUGGAUCCCUCCCCAGAUCCAGUCCAGGUGCUCACCAUGCACACCACCCUCCCUGAAUCAACUUCAGAAAACUUUGAGUAUUAUGACCUUGCAGAAGCCUGUGAUAUAGGGGACAUCGUGGCCUUGGGAGCUGUCUUCGUGACCAUCCUCUACUCCCUCGUCUUUGCCUUUGGCCUGGUGGGAAAUUUGCUGGUGGUGUUUGCCCUCAUCAACAGCCAGAGGUCCAAAAGUAUUACUGACAUUUACCUCCUGAACCUGGCUUUGUCUGAUCUGCUCUUUGUAGCCACCUUGCCCUUCUGGACUCACUAUGUGAUAAAUGAGCAAGGCCUUCACCACGCCACGUGCAAACUCACCACUGCCUUCUUCUUCAUUGGGUUUUUUGGAGGUAUAUUCUUCAUCACCAUUAUCAGCAUUGACAGGUUCCUGGCCAUCGUCCUGGCUGCCAACUCCAUGAACAACAGGACCGUGCAGCAUGGCGUCACCAUCAGCCUUGGCGUCUGGGCAGCUGCCAUCUUGGUGGCCACACCCCAGUUCAUGUUCACCAAAGAGAAAGAAAACGAUUGCUUUGGCGACUACCCUGAGAUCCUGCGGGGAAUCUGGCCUGUGAUCCUCAAUGUGGAAAUAAAUUUUCUUGGCUUCCUGCUCCCCCUGAUCAUUAUGAGUUACUGUUACUUCAGAAUCAUGCGGACAUUGUUUUCCUGCAAGAACCACAAGAAAGCUAAAGCCAUUAGGCUGAUCUUUCUGGUGGUUGUCGUGUUUUUCCUCUUCUGGACACCCUAUAAUGUCAUGAUUUUCUUACAGACGCUCAGUCUCUAUGACUUCUUUCCCAAGUGUGACGUGAAGAGGGAUCUGAAGUUAGCGAUCAACGUGACGGAGACAAUUGCAUUUAGCCACUGCUGCCUCAAUCCCCUUAUCUAUGCAUUUGCUGGAGAGAAGUUCAGACGAUACCUUUACCGUCUAUACAGGAAAUGCCUGGCUGUCCUGUGUUGCCAUCCUGUCCACAUCAGUUUCUCUUCGCCUCUGUCUGAAUCACAAAGGAGCAGGCGGGAAAGUGUUCUGAGCAGCAAUUUUACUCAUUACACCAGUGAUGGAGAUACGUCCCUCGUUCUCUGAAGGGAUCCCAAAGCUGUGUCCCUCCAGUGAGGCUGGAGUUUCUGAGUUGACACUGAAUAAUGAGGACAGAUUUUAAAACUUCUUACAUGCAAGAAAUAAUGAAUCCAAUGUUCCCAAUACAAUCCUAAAGUCUUUUUGAGACUUGUGCUCAAAAUUUGAAUGAUGAAGAGUAGACAUGGCUCUUAUUGGCAAUGUCAGGACUUCCCUGUUUAUAAAGGACAUAAAUUCAACUCAGACUAACUUAGUCUGAAAAGAGGCAGUAACAUUCACCUUGUAGCAUGGGCAAUGGGUGGUGAGCCCUCAGUGAGAAAAAACUAAAGACUGAAUCCAGCUAGCAUUUCUUCUGACUCUCAAUUCUCUGAGUGGUAAGAGAGAUCACAUAACACAUCUUUGUCAUCCGAGAGGGAGUGAGACCCAUCCUUCUCUGAUGCCAAGGUCGAAAUCCCCAGGGAAGGGCUCUGAUUGGCCAAGUUUGUAUCAGAUCUUCAUCCCUGGACCACGUGGUGGUAUCCACAGAGAAGAGGUAGACAAGAUGGCAGUUUCCAUUCCAAUACUGUGGUUGGAGAUGCAGGAAGAUGUAUUUCCAAAGAGCUGAAGGUAUGGGUGCUUCUUUGAUCAGACUGAACAAGAAUUGCUCACCAACUUUACUUGGUGUCUGGCCCAGCCUCCCUCCUGAUCAUACUGGCCAGCACACACUGCCAGACUCUUCUUCAUUAAAUCCUCUUUUGUCACGCCCCCAAACCUACAAAGGUUCCCCUAGCGUACACUGUAUCAAGUCCAAACUCAAAUGCCUGGCCUCCAAGAUGUUCCAUCAUACAGUCCCAAUAACAGAUUUCCCAGUGCCUUCUUUUCUCAAAGGACUCCAGCUAACCCCUCAGGCAGGUCUCUUCUAUCUGGUCCCAUGCAUCACCACCUGAUCCAGAACCCAGGGGAAUAAACAGAGAAAAACACUGGCCCAAACUGAGAAGGCAUGGUUUCUAAUCUCAACUCUAUCACUUAUCCACUGGAUAACUGGGGGCCAACUGAGCUUAGUUUCCUCAUCUGUAGAAUGGAAAUAACAGUUCUUUUUGUGUAGGAAGCGUGCAGCAGGAGGAGCCAGACUCCAACUCUCAGAGAUUCCAACCCUCUUGCCAGGCUCCCAGACUUCAGCUUUACCCCCACCUGGCGCCCUGCUUAAGUGGUGCUGUUGACAGAGCUUGGAAGAGCCUCACAGGCUCUGCUGUGUGGUGCAGCUCUUGACACGGAGGAGGCUGACUCCCACAGUGGUGCUCAAUGGACACUCCUAGAUAUACAGAUUGAUAGGCUUCCCUGACUCAGUCCUCCCAGGCUGGCUGGACCAUUUCCUCCCAAUCAACUGGUGACAACCCUACCUGGAGAGAACCUCAUCAUUCAUGCCACUGCCAACCUGAACAGCCCGAGUCCCAGGAACAGCUUUCCCUUUCUCAGUUAACAUUUGAGACGGUCUGAAACUUUAAAGCUUGAAAAAUAAUUGUGAUGAUGCUAAAGAAAAUAUCACCUAUAAUCUAAUCACGCAAUAUCUUCAUGUGCCCAUUGGACCUUGUUCACAGCCUCACAUGUUUCAAGUUGCAAUCAUAAUGUACGGACAGUUUUAUAAUCUGCUUUUUUUUUUUCUCUUAACAUUAGGCUACAGAUAACGCUCUGUUUCUGCAUAGUUUUGUAAUGAUCAUUUUAGAAGACUGCCAGGUUGCAUACUCACUGAAGGCAUCUGACUUGUUGCUCUAUUUCUCACUCCUUGGAAGUCAAUGUAUUUGUUUACCCAAUGACAGAAUGAAUUACAUUCCAUUAAGAUCAUGUACUGCAACUUAUCAUUACCCUGUUAAUAAACAUUUCAUGUGUUUCUAAUAUUUAGCACAUACAUAUUUUACAGCA